AUGGCUGGAAGAUUCGUUUUACAUACAGAUACAGACGUAGAAAAUUUUCUUAACGUUGAAGAAAAUAAAAACACAAAAAGAAAAACCGAAGGAGACUUGACUUUGGUUUUGACGUUCCUCGCGACGGAGAAAGAGUAUCGAAAACUUGAAGAUCUGCCACCGGCCGAGUUGGAUACCUACCUGAGCAGAUUUUUGCUAUCGGUACGGAAAAAGUCGGGCGAAGAGUAUGAACUAACAACUCUUAGAGGAUUUAUUGCCUCGGUUGAACGCCAUCGGAAAAAACAGGGCUACAGCGACUCAAUAAUCACGGGUCAACCGUUCGCCAAAACACGAAAUGCAUUGAAGUCAAAACAGAAACAGCUGAAAAGGCUUGGCAAAGGAACAAACCACAAGAGGCCGCUAGUCUCGACCAAGAGGAGAUUGAUCUACUUUUCAAGAAGGGAGUCAUGGGAAUUCAUUCGCCUCAAGCACUCAUUAACCCGUUGA